GUCAUGUUUUUCUAGGGUUGUGAGAAAGAGGCACUUUCUUGUACAUAGUGAAAUGUGAAUAGUUUCAUAUAUCUUUGUUGCCUAUUUAACUUCCCAACCUGUUAUUGGGCUAUCGGGAUAUUCAUUAUGAUGAUUUUUUAUCCCGGAAAGGGGAAGUAUUCUGGCUGAUCGGUGCCUGUCUAAGAAAUCUUGGGCUGAGUCCUGUCCUCCACAACACCACCAGGAGCUGCUUGAGGCGAGAAAGCCGGAGUGAAGAGGGACUUGGACUGACUGCUGUUUAUCGCAUCACCGUGGACAACCGAUCUAUGACCACCAUAUCGAUACUUGCGUACUGUUACAUUGGCCUGGAGUGAAUCAUUAUCAUCAAGACUAUAAUGUGAGAGACAUUUCGGACUCGGUGAUGUUUUGGGGUGUUAGUCUACACAACUGUCCGGGAAAGAUGGCGAGAGCUGCCAUUAGCGUUUCUAUAGCCGUGUUUUUUUUGGGAUUAGCGAUUUUUACUGUCAAACUUCCCUCAGUAAAAGGAGAGAUGGAAGAAGAACAGCAGGAGGAGAGGUCCUGUCAAGGUGCCUUCGAUCUAUACUUUGUCCUCGACAAAUCUGGCAGUGUGAAACACCACUGGAUAGAGAUCUACUCCUUCGUUGAGCAGCUGGCGGAGAAGUUCAUCAGCCCCAUGUUACGGAUGUCCUUCAUCGUCUUCUCCACUCGAGGAACCACCAUCAUGAAACUGACAGAGAACAGGGAGUCCAUUAACAGAGGUCUAACAGCUCUGAGGAGGGAGGCACCAGGAGGAGACACCUUCAUGAACCUUGGCCUGGAGAAGGCAAAUGAACAGAUACACUAUGAGAACCAUGGGACAGCCAGUGUGAUCAUUGCACUGACUGAUGGAGAACUGAAUGAGUGGCAGUUUGCUACUGCACAACGAGAGGCGCAGAGAGCACGGUCGCUUGGAGCCAUAGUUUACUGUGUGGGAGUCAAAGAGUUUAAUGAGACGCAGCUGGCUACCAUAGCAGAUACCCUGGAGCAUGUGUUCCCUGUCUGGGGGGGUUUCCAAGCCCUCAGGGGGAUCAUCAACUCGAUCAUUAAGAAGUCCUGCAUUGAGAUUCUAGCUGCUGAACCGUCCAGUGUGUGUGCAGGAGGGCUUUGGGCUCUCUUUCACCUGGAAAGGUUUCCUGUAGCCUGUUCAGGGCUUCAUCGGCACUCCAUCCUCUGUGUUUCCUUCCAUACCCACUGCACUGCCAGGAAUCAGAAGUCGUUUCAGGUGGUAGUUCGAGGGAACGGUUUUCUCCAUGCCAGAAACACCGACCAGGUCCUCUGUAGCUUCAAAAUCAACGACACACACACUCUGGAUGAGAGGCCUGCUGGUGUAGAGGAAACUUUCCUGCUCUGUCCUGCUCCUGUUAUAGAGGAAGUAGGAAGGGUGAUCUAUCUACAGGUCAGUAUGAAUGAAGGACUCUCCUACAUCACCAGUUCUGUUCACAUCACCACCAUCGAAUGUUUUGAUGGGACCAUCCUGCUGAUCUCAUUGCUAGUUCUGACACUUUUGUUGGGCCUGCUGUUCAUGUGGUGGUUCUGGCCCCUCUGCUGCACCUUGGUCAUACAAGAGCCCCCACCACCUCCUCUCCCAGAGCCAGAGUCUGAUGAUGAAGAUGGUAUGCCCAAAAUGCGAUGGCCCACAGUGGACGCAUCCUAUUACGGAGGGAGAGGGGUGGGGGGCAUCAAACGCAUGGAGGUGCGGUGGGGGGAUAAAGGCUCUACAGAGGAAGGGGCUAAGCUAGACAAGCCUAAGAAUGCAGUGGUGAAGAUGCCUGAACAGGAGUAUGAAGCGUACCAACCCAAACCACGCACACCCAAGCCCUGGAAACCUCCUCAGGACAGGAGGUGGUACACACCUAUACAGGGGAAGUUGGAUGCUCUGCGGGCUCUGUGUCGUCGAGGAUAUGAUCAGGUGUCCCUGAUGAGACCUCAGCCUGGAGACAAGGGCCAUCAGGGGACAAUGAAAGGGAAUCUCUUCUGUCACAAUUUGGCUUGUGGCCUUUCAACUUCCCAUCUGGUUGGGUGACGCGCUUUCACAGAGGAUGACAUACACACACACACAUUGUGGCAGAAACUGGUAACCCGCUGAUGGCCAUUCAUGAGCCCAUUAGAGUGAGAGUAAUGUGGAGAGAUGGGAGAGUGAGAUGUGUGUGUUUGUCAGAGAUGGAAGAUUUUCAUAAUUGAUCUGGAUGUCUUAGUGCUUUGUGUUAUAUUGUUGUGCUCGUUAUCGCUGUGCCUUUUCUUGUUGUGCUUUUCAUCGUUGAUGUGCUUUUUAACAGUGUCACUUUGUCGUUUUUGUUGCACUUUUUGUCGUUGUGCCUUAUGUUUUGAUUUGCAUUUACGUUGUAUGACAAUUUUUAAAAUACAUCCAAUACCUAUGUAUGAAUAAAACACUGGAAGAUGACUCAAAAACAUACAGAGAUGAGAUAAUGCUUUGUCUUUUCACAGAAAUGUGUCUUUGCAUCUGAAAUUGGCUCCCUAAAUAACAAUACAGAAAUACAAAAGUUAGAGAAGUCAUUGUCUUUUGAUUUCUCCCCUCAUUUCACUUCGAGAUUUGAAGAUGUAUUCUGCCCAGUUAAUGACGUGUAAAGGACUUGUAAGGGGCUUUGUUGAGAGGGCCUCGUGUGUGUGUGUGUGUGUGUGUGUGUGUGUGUGUGUGUGUGUGUGUGUGUGUGUGUGUGUGUGUGUGUGUGUGUGUGUGUGUGUGUGUGUGUGUGUGUGUGUGUGUGUGUGUGUUAGCUCAGAGACGAUGUGUUACAGACUCUGGAAAGUUGUUUCCAAUUAAAUGGCCCGGUUCUAAAUUCUCUGCAACACUCAGACCACUUAGAGGAGUGGAUUCUUUAACACUUUUUUUUUUUAUUAGCACCCUAAUACCAUUUAUUCUUAGUUCGCAUUGUUCCCCCCAAUCUUCACCAAUCUUGAUGCAAAACAGGACAUAUUCCUGGGAUGUGUGUAUGUAUGUGCUGGUUUACUUUGCCACCUUUAAAUUAGAGAGGACUCUGCAACCAAACAGUGAUGAAACUAACUGUGGAAACGGUGUCUGUGUUCUGAGCCCCUGGUCUAACUUGGUUCUGUCUGUCUGUGUUGCAGGGUCGUUGUAUCAACUUCACACGCG